AUGAAUUUCUCUUCUUUCAACUCCUCCUCUUGGAAAGCAGAGUCUGUGGUGAUAUCUUUGGGCUUUUCGCUUAUUUUCUUGCUCGGCACGGUUGGAAACUCUCUGGUUCUCGCUGUUCUGCUCCGUAAUGGACAGAUGAACACCAAAACCACCAACCUGUUCAUCCUCAACCUCGCAGUGGCAGAUCUCUGCUUUAUUGUGUUCUGUGUGCCCUUUCAAGCCACCAUCUACACUCUGGAUGAAUGGGUGUUCGGCCCUGUGGUCUGUAAAGUCGUGCACUUCGUCAUUUUUCUCACCAUGUACGCCAGCAUCUUCACCCUGGCAGCUGUUUCACUGGACAGGUAUUUGGCCAUCUGCUACCCUCUCCGCUCCAGGGAGAUGAGAACACCAAAGAACGCCCUGACCUCCAUCGGUCUGGUUUGGGUUCUGGCCCUGGUUUUCUCUGGACCGUAUCUCAGCUACUACAGACAGAUGGACCUGGGCGGCGCUGUGGUCUGUAUUCCUGCCUGGGAGUUCAAACCACGCAUCAUAAUGGACGUGUGCACCUUCAUCUUUGGCUACCUCAUCCCCGUCCUGGUGCUCAGCCUCACUUACGCUCGCACCAUCAGGUACCUGUGGACCAGCGUGGACCCCGUGAAGGACAUGUCCGAGUCGAGGCGAGCCAAGCGUAAAGUCACUAAGAUGAUCAUCAUCGUCGCCGUCCUCUUCUGCCUGUGCUGGCUCCCCCAUCACCUGGUCAUCCUCUGCAUGUGGUUCGGACGCUUCCCUCUCAACCACACCACCUACGUCCUCCGCAUCCUGUCCCACCUGGUGGCUUACACCAACUCCUGCCUCAACCCCAUCGUCUACGCGCUCGUCUCCAAGCAUUUCCGCAAAGGUUUCAGGAAGGUUUUCAGCUGCACGUUGACGAGGAGGGAGGUCACCAAGGUGCAAGUCAUCCAGGCGGUGAACACGGUCAGCAGCGUGGAGACGUCCAACUAG